UUACCGGAUCUUUUAGAUAGUUCUUUUGAUAGAACUUAUACGAGUAUCCAUGAUUUUUCAUUUUUAUUGAAAUGUUAUCUACUAGACCCGAUAAACCAUGACAAAGAACUUGUAAUUUCCAAAUACAAAGAGACAUUCGUUCCAAGGGGUUUCAAAGUUCUCGGAUAUGGAGCUCAUAGUGUCGUUUUACAUUCCGAUGAAUUCUUCUCUUCACACAUAUUUAAAUUCUCAAAACUAGAUCUUUCCGUGGAAAAUAAGAUCAAAGAAAUACUGGGGAUUCUAAUUUAUUAUCCAAAUUUGGCCGUGCCUAAUAAAUACUUUACCAGCAGCCCUUUGUAUCGAAAAGGAACAUUAACAGCCUAUAUACAAAACAAUCCUAAUCUCACACACCUAGAAUUACUCGAAAAAUUUUAUCAAAUUUGUUUAGACGUACGAAACAUUCACAACCACAACAUUAUACUAAGAGAUAUAAAGCCAGACAACAUUCUCCUCGACGAGUUUGAUAAACCUCACUACGCAGAUUUUGAUGUUUCAGUGUUUGACACCGACAAAGCAUAUGAUGUCACCGGAACUAGGUUUUACAUGGCUCCAGAAGUUGAGCAGAACCUUUUCAAAUUGAAAUACGUUGGUUACGGUGUUAAAUCAGACAUCUUUUCACUUGGAUGCGUUCUCAACUACAUGUUCAAUCACAAUUAUCCAUAUUCUAUAUAUACACCUCUUAUUCCAAAAAAAGUCAUUUAUCUGAUUGAUUUCAUGAGAAAUCUAUAG